UCACAUCCUGGAGACGGCCAAUGAGCGCAGGGCGGAGCCGAGCCGAGCCGUGACUACGGGCUGAGGCUGAAGCCGGAAGCGGAGGCGGCUGUUGGGGCUCCGAGGGGCUGUUGCGGCGUUGCCAUGGGGGCCGUGCUGGGGGUGUGCUCGCUGGCCAGCUGGAUUCCUUGCCUGUGUAGCGGUGCCUCGUGUUUGCUGUGCCGAUGCUGUCCGAACAGCAAGAAUUCGACAGUGACGCGUCUUAUCUAUGCCUUCCUCCUCCUCCUCAGCACCUUUGUGGCCUGCAUUAUGCUGGCACCAGGAAUGGAAUUGCAGCUGAAAAAGGUGCCUGGAUUUUGUGAUGAGGGACUUCAUACCCGGCUACCGCACCUGAAUGGCUUUGUUAAUUGCGACGUGCUGGUGGGAUACAGAGCAGUGUAUCGCAUCAGCUUUGCUAUGGCAGUGUUUUUCUUUAUCUUCUCUAUGCUUAUGAUACAAGUGAAAACUAGUAACGAUCCAAGAGCCUCGGUGCACAAUGGGUUCUGGUUCUUCAAAAUAGCAGCCAUCGUUGGUAUCAUGGUUGGAGCAUUCUAUAUUCCUGAAGGGCCUUUCACAAGAGCAUGGUUUGCAAUUGGCAGUGCUGGAGCCUUCUGCUUCAUCCUCAUCCAGCUGGUGCUGCUUGUGGAUUUGGCUCAUUCUUGGAAUGAGUCCUGGGUGGAGCGAAUGGAGGAAGGAAACUCCAGGUGCUGGUAUGCCGCCUUACUAUCCUGUACAGGCCUCUUCUACAUCGUGUCAGUCAUUUUACUUGUGCUUUUCUACAUAUUCUACACACAACCUGAUGGCUGCACUGAGAACAAGUUCUUCAUAAGUAUUAAUUUGAUCCUGUGCGUUGCUGUCUCCAUCAUCUCUAUCCUCCCAAAAGUUCAGGAAAACCAGCCACGCUCUGGCCUUCUGCAGUCUUCUAUUAUCACUCUAUACACCAUGUAUCUCACUUGGUCAGCCAUGUCUAAUGAGCCAGAUCGAAGCUGUAACCCGAGUUUGUUAAACAUCAUCACACAGAUAACUACAUCCACAAUAGCUCCAGCUAACACAACCAUUGUACCUGCCACUCCAGCUCCACCAAAGUCCUUGCAGUGGUGGGAUGCACAGAGCAUUGUUGGCCUUACUAUCUUUGUCCUUUGUCUCUUAUAUUCUAGCAUCCGCUCUUCCAGUAACAGCCAGGUGAGCAAGCUGACUCUGUCUGGAAGUGAUAGUGCCAUCCUGGAAGAUGGUGUGGGGGCAGGUGGUGGAGCUGGAGAAGAAGUAGUCCGCCGUGUUGCAGACAAUGAGAAGGAAGGAGUUCAGUACAGCUAUGCCUUCUUUCACUUCAUGCUGUUCCUUGCCGCUCUGUAUAUCAUGAUGACUCUUACUAACUGGUACAGCCCUGAUGCAGAUUUUAAAACUAUGACAAGCAAGUGGCCGGCUGUGUGGGUGAAGAUAACUUCAAGCUGGGUCUGCCUCCUCCUUUAUGUCUGGACACUAGUGGCUCCUCUUGUCUUUAAGAAUCGAGACUUCAGUUAAAUGAUUUGAGUUUGUCCAAGAUUGUGGAAGUGUGAGAGUCUCCUUUGAAAGCCAAAAGGUUCUGCAAUUGCUUCAGUUAUUUUCUGAAACUAAGGCAUAAUACUACCUUUCUUCCCCCCCUGUUGAAACUACCUGCCAGUGGUUAGAAACCUGAUCGAUCACAUAAUGCUUGAUGCAUGAUCUAAGCUAUAUUAACGUUGAUAUGUUUUUAUUUAACCUGCUGCCUAAGUAAAAUUUGCUUACUACCACAUUUUAAAAAACCUACAACAGCUGUGCUGUUAAAGCAUGGAAGGAAAAAAAACAAACUAUACUAUCCAAUAGCCCCAGUAGAAAAUAUUGAGGAAGAAUAAUGUUUGCUAAACCCAAAGUAAUAUAUUUUAAAGAACAAGUUCUAUUCACUGCACUGCACUGGUGUACUAAUGGUCUACAUGGAAGCAUAAGCCAUAUUGGACAGUUGUUUCUACAUUCCACUGCAAAUGUUUCUGUUUCUGGGUAAAAGUUUAUGCAUUCACUGCAAGGAAGAGUGUUGAAGUUGGGUAGCUGUUAAUUGCAGGUCCUGCUUAUUCCAGGAGAAACUUUUAGAUUGCUUGUUUGUAAGGCAAAUUUUAUGGACACUGCUUCUUGACUUAGCAAGUUUGCCAAAUAUUCUCUCUCUUGCUGAUGGGCAUAUGUGAUUGUUUGUUUGAAAAAAAACAAAAACAAAACCCCCAAAAAACCUUAAAAUGAAGAUCAUGCUUCAAAAAUAACAAAGCUCGUUUCUUCCGCUUAUUUGUAUGACAUGCUUGUAAGCAGUAGUGCACACAGCUAUCAAUAUUGGCAUCUAAGACAUUUGCACUGUAAACUCAUUUGAAUAAAAUACUGAUUUUUAAUUGUA